ACUUCGUAAUAAUUGAUAUAAAGAAAAGGAGCAGAGACGCGUUCUCGGUUUUCACACUCACUCACUCUCACUGCAAAAAUGUCGAGUCUCUGUGUUCCAGCACAUGUUCCCUCCGUCGCUGAAGAUUGUGAACAACUCCGCAAAGCCUUUGCAGGAUGGGGAACAAAUGAGGAUUUGAUCAUCUCGAUUUUGGGUCACAGAAAUGCCGCCCAGCGCAAGUUGAUUAGGCAGGUUUAUGCCGAGACUUAUGGAGAAGAUCUGCUCAAAGCUUUGGAUAAGGAACUUACAAAUGAUUUUGAGAGGCUUGUAUUGCUCUGGACAUUGGACCCUUGCGAACGCGAUGCUUAUUUGGCUAACGAAGCUACGAAGAGGUGGACAUCGAGCAAUCAGGUCCUUAUGGAAAUAGCUUGUACAAGGUCUCCAAAAGAUCUGCUUCUGGCAAGGGAAGCUUAUCAUGCUCGUUUCAAGAGAUCGCUCGAGGAAGAUGUUGCUUAUAACACACACGGAGACUUCCGCAAACUUUUGGUCCCCUUGGUGAGCUCAUAUCGGUAUGGGGGAGACGAAGUUAACUUGACGCUUGCAAAAACAGAAGCUAAACUACUGCAUGAGAAAAUUUCGGAGAAGGCAUACAAUGAUGAUGACCUCAUUAGGAUUUUGGCAACGAGGAGCAAAGCACAGGUCAAUGCGACGGUUAAUCAAUACAAAAAUCAAUUUGGAAAUGAUAUAAACAAGGAUUUAGAAGCCGACCCCAAGGACGAGUUCCUUUCAAUACUAAGGGGAACUAUUGAGUGUUUGAUAUGCCCUGAGAAGUACUUUGAAAAGGCUAUCCGCCUUGCAAUUAACAAGCAAGGGACGGAUGAAGGAGCGCUCACAAGAGUUGUUGCCACUCGAGCUGAGAUUGACAUGAAAAUAAUCAAGGACGAGUAUCAGAAGAGGAACAGUGUGCCACUGGAUCGCGCCAUUGCUAAGGACACGACUGGAGACUACGAGAAAUUGCUCCUGGCCCUGAUCGGACACGAGGAAGCUUGAAUCAAGGCAUAUGGUUUUUCUGUAUGCGUGUGUGUUAAUUUAUACUUAUGUUUUGCAUUGUGUGACUUUUGUUGUGUGAGUUGAAUCUUGUCUUUUGUUGAGAAAUGUGUGCGUAAACUCUAGUUAUAUUGAAUAAGAUUACAUAUGUUGUGUGGAAAAUCAUGCAAAAGUAGGGUUUUUUAUUUA